AAGCAAUUGACACCAGAGACGGGUCAUCCCUUGCAGAGCUGGUGUCUUUCAAGCACCCUCAUGUUGCCAACCCACGGCUUCAGUGUGCUGCAUAAUCCACUGUGAUGCUCGUGUUAUCCAGAAUUUGGCCACUGAGAGGCGAGGGCAAGUUCGAGGCAUUGUCUCCGGCUCCUUCGACCGCACGCGAGGCGCACAGUAGCUGCUUAGUAAAUAGAGUAAGACGUAUGUGAACACGCUUAGAGUAUUUCCCGGCCUGUGGUAGGCAAAGCGAAUCGUGUUCGUCUCCUGCCCGAUGGCCUCUCCAGAAGAGAAGUGUCAACAAGUUUUGGAACCCCCUUAUGACGAAAUGUUUGCAGCUCAUUUAAGGUGCACGUACGCGGCGGGGAACCACGACUUCAUAGAGGCGUACAAGUGCCAGACCGUCAUUGUCCAAUCAUUCCUACGGGCAUUUCAGGCCCACAAAGAAGAAAACUGGGCUCUGCCUGUCAUGUAUGCAGUGGCACUUGACCUUCGAAUAUUUGCCAAUAAUGCGGAUCAACAGCUGGUAAAGAAAGGAAAGAGCAAAGUUGGGGACAUGCUGGAGAAGGCGGCCGAGCUGCUGAUGAGCUGCUUCCGCGUCUGCGCCAGCGACACCCGUGCGGGCAUAGAGGACUCCAAGAAGUGGGGCAUGCUGUUUCUGGUGAAUCAGUUAUUCAAGAUCUAUUUUAAGAUCAACAAGCUCCACUUGUGUAAACCGCUCAUCAGAGCCAUCGACAGCUCCAACCUGAAGGACGACUACAGCACCGCCCAGAGGGUGACGUACAGGUACUACGUGGGGCGGAAGGCCAUGUUCGACAGCGACUUCAAGCAAGCUGAGGAGUACCUGUCCUUUGCUUUUGAGCACUGCCACCGUUUGAGCCAGAAGAACAAAAGGAUGGUCCUCAUUUAUCUACUUCCUGUGAAGAUGCUCCUGGGUCACAUGCCAACCAUUGAGCUCCUGAGGAAGUACCAUCUCAUGCAGUUUGCGGAGGUGACCAAAGCUGUGAGCGAAGGCAACCUCCUCCUCCUCAACGAGGCUCUGGCCAAGCACGAGACCUUCUUCAUCCGGUGCGGCAUUUUCCUCAUCCUCGAGAAGCUGAAGAUUAUCACCUACAGGAAUCUUUUUAAGAAAGUGUACCUGUUACUGAAGACACACCAGCUGUCUCUGGAUGCGUUCCUGGUUGCCUUGAAGUUCAUGCAGGUGGAGGACGUGGACAUCGCCGAGGUCCAGUGCAUCCUGGCCAACCUGAUCUACAUGGGUCACAUUAAAGGCUACAUCUCGCACCAGCACCAGAAGCUGGUUGUCAGCAAGCAGAACCCGUUCCCCCCGCUGUCCACGGUGUGCUGACCCCGCCCCCGGCCCCGAGGACAGGGAGCCCGCCAUCCUGCUUCUCAUCCUGCCGAGAACUUGAGAGCUCGUUCUCUGCAGCUGGAGUCUCUCGGGUCGUUU